CUGGCCGGCUUCGUGGGGGCCAGCCUGGGCGGCACCCUGUCGUGGGAGUACCUAGCCGAGACCUGCGAGCUUUGGCCGGGGCCGGUGGUCGUCAAGGGGAUCCUGCACCCCGACGACGCCGAGCGCUGCAUCGAAACCGGCGCCGACGCGAUAGUGGUGUCAAACCACGGAGGGCGCCAGUUCGACGCCGCCCCCGCGGCCAUCGCAGCUCUGGGGCCAAUCGUCGAGCGCAUCGGCGGGAGGGUGCCGGUGCUGUUCGACGGCGGCGUGCGCAGCGGUCUCGACAUCGCCCGGGCGCUCGCCCUGGGCGCCGACUUCGCGUUCACGGGCCGGUCGUUCAUGUACGGACUGUGCGCGCUCGGAACCGGGGGCGCCGAGUUCGUGGCCUCUAUGUUCGAGCAGCAGCUGGUCAGCGUGAUGCACCAGCUCGGCUGCGAACGGCUGGCUGAGCUGCGCGACCGCGACCCCCGCUUCGCGCCACCUUGA